ACCACCGCCUGGCUCAUGCCAUGCUGUGGUGCCCAUAGGAGGAGACUAGGGGCUCACGAGGGCCCCAGGAUUUUUGAAUGAGGCCUGUACAUUUUCAGUGGAACUUCGGAGUGAGUCAACCAUAAGACCUCUUUCUGGGAACUCAGCUGGUGGUAUGGGUUGGGGGAGGCCGUUCCCCAGCUCAGAGGUGGGAGCUGAAUGAGGAAGAUUCUCCUCUUUAUCUUCUAACACACCCAAACAAUCAAUGGAUGGAAAUGUACUGAGGAAGAAAAGGGGAGCAGGGGCCCAGGAAAGGGGUGGGGGAGGGUUUGAAAACAAAAUGCAUCAGGCAGGCAGGUACAGCUAGACCCUAGAAGGGAAUCUUCUUCUGCUUCUCCUUCGCCCCAAGGCUUUGUCACAACUUACCAAUACAUUAGGUGUUAGGCUGAGACCCCGGGGAGACCUCAACAGGUCUCUGCUUGGAGGAGAGGGCUGGGAAGUGGGGGUGCACCAAGGAGGUUUCUUCCCUUUGAUUAAUUCCAGACUCAAGUCAUUUAAAACUAAGAUUAAACUGCAAUAAAUGAUUUUUUAAAAAUCUAUGCCCAACUCCUUCCACUCUCCCCCAUUGCUCUGGGCUUGAGGAAUACUAGAGUCAAGAUGCACCCACAGGGGGCUGAGAAAAUCCAGUCCAUUCUGGAGAGUGGAGCAGCUUUGGUGGAAAAAGGUAUGUGUGUGUUGGGAAGUGUAGCUGGGUUCGGGGUAGGGAUCCGCUAUCAGAAGAAGAAUCUCUGGAGUGCUGAGGAUGCUCUCCAAGAGUCCAGGACCUGGGCUUUCUACACAGACCACAGAGAGAAGUGACCCAUUUUCCUCAUUGCAAUGGAAAUGCUGUAUAUCUUGAAAAAAUACUGAGGAGCAGAGCCUGGAGAUGGGGGUGGAAUCAUUCUGGAUUUCUGGGCAGGUGGCCAAUGACCUGGCCAUGGGUGCAGACCCUGGGAACUACUUCACCAACAUCUCCCGCUCAGCCUGGAACCUGGGUAGUGCUUUCUUCUUCGCUGGCACCAUUGUCACCACCAUCGGCUAUGGGAAUAUGGUCCUGCACACGGACGAGGCUCGCCUUUUCUGCAUCUUCUAUGCCCUGGUGGGGAUCCCACUUUUCGGGAUGCUGUUGGCAGGGGUCGGUGACAAGCUGGGCUCUACCCUGCGCCGGGGCAUUGGCCACGUGGAAGCCAUCUUCUUGAAGUGGCAGGUCCAGCCGGCCAUGGUACGCUCGCUCUCGGCGCUGCUCUUCCUCCUGGUUGGCUGUCUUCUCUUCGUUUUGGUGCCCAUGUUCGUGUUCCGCUACACCGAGGGCUGGAGCACCCUGGAGGCCCUCUACUUCAUCAUCGUGACGCUCACCACCGUGGGCUUCGGGGACUUCGUGGCCGGCGCGAACCCUGAGCAGGAGUUCUUGGCCUACCAGCCCAUUGUCUGGUUCUGGAUUCUGAUGGGCCUCGCCUACUUCGCCUCCAUCCUCACCAUGAUAGGGAACUGGCUCCGGGUCGUGUCGCGCCGCACUCGGGCUGAGAUGGGCGGCCUUACCGCUCACGCAGCCAGCUGGACAGGCGGCGUGACAGCGCGGAUAACGCACCGGCCGCCACUGCCGGAGAAGCCAAGCUCCGGACCACCCCAGGCGCCCCCUGCCAAGCUUGGACCGAGGCCGCAGAGCCAGGAGAAGGUGGAGGCACCUUCUUCGCCGCUCACAACCUCUGUUUCUGCGCCCUUGGAUUACCCUGGAGAGAACUUCGCUUUCAUAGACGAGUCGUCGGACACGCAGAGCGAUCGGGGUGAUGUGCUCCCCCGCAACCUCCGAGCCGGCCUCAAACAGCCCAGGAAACCCGCCCGGCCCCGGAACUCCGGCCGCCCCCCAAACAAGGAACUCGCGUAGUCCGGGGCUGGGCACGGGGAAGGACUGGCCGGCACUGCCUUCUCCCGCCCACGGAUCCUUGUUUCGGGCUUCCCUCGUACUCCCCUGCUCCUCUCUCCACCCUCCCGGUUUUCGUUUAGCCAAAGAGCUCCCAUUCCCCAUGGGGGCAUCCUGGGAACUGGGGCUCCCGAUUCUCGCUCCCCCUUCUCUAAAAGCUCUCCUGCCUGUCUCCUCUCCCUAGGUCCCCACGCCUGGGCUUCCUGGCCUGGCUCAAUAAAAGAGAAGGCUUCUGGCCGCUUCCUUUUGUCUUCUGUCUCUCCCACCUCUAGGGGCCCGAGGCCGGGCCGGGCCGGAGGUGGGGUGGGCUGUGGUGUAUGCGCUGUGCUGUGGCUCUGGAUGGGGUCCCUCAGGGGGUUCGGGGAGGCCAAAGCUCACAAACGGCUUGGAUUGGACGGAUCACUCAGAGGACCUGGGUUCAAAUCUCAGCGCCUUCCUUGACCUAUGUGACCUGGGGCAA